AUGCGUUUCUCUCUCGCCACUGUUGCCUUCUUCGCCGGCCUUGCCAUUGCCGCCCCCGGUGCUGCCGACCAGACCGUCUACGAGACUGACGAGGUCACCAUCACCUCCUGCGCUCCUACUGUCACCGACUGCCCCGGCAACGCCGGUGUUGAGCCCACCAGCGCUCCCGUUGCCACCACCACCCCCGCCGCCGGUGGUGAGGUCCCCGUUGUCUCCAGCUCCACCUGGGCUCCCUCCAGCUCUGCCCCCGCUCCCAGCGCUCCUGCUCCUAGCGCUCCCGCCCCCAGCGGCCCCGCUGGUACCCCCGCGGUCUCUUACUCCGUUGUCCCUGUGACCACCUGCGUGCCCACUGUCAUCUACUCGACUGUGCCCGUUCCCGUCAGCACCGCCCCUGCCGGUGGUAACGUCCCCCACGUUCCCGGCACCGGUGUUCCCCACGUCCCCACCAGCAAGGGCAUGCCCUCCGGCACUGCCUCUGCUUCCCCCUCCGCCUCCUCCCCCGCCUACGCCGGUGGUGCUGGUGCUCUCAGCGGCUCCCUCGGCUUCGCCGGUGCUGCCGCUGCUGCCGCCUUCUUCCUGGCUUAA